AUGCUCCAGUCCAAUCCUCACCUGCGCAACUUUGCCUGGCAUGCGCCCUUUUUUCAGCAGUGGCACGCCAUCAUCCACGUGCUGGACACCUUGAGGGCCGAGCCUGACAUCGAGCAGGCUGCCAGGGCUUGGAAUCUUGUCGAGAAGACGUACACAAACAACCCGGAGAUGCUGUCGGGGCAGAGCAACAGACCCAUCCACGUCGCCGUUGGCAACCUCUGCCUGAAAGCGUUUGCUCAGCACGAAGCUGUUGCGGCAGUUGGCUCCACGGCGCCGACCUAUGUCGUGCAGCUGAGAAAGUCGAGGGAAACGGCGGCAAGGCUGGCUAAAGCACGGGAAUCAAAGGCACAACAGACGGUGCAGACAGACAAGAGUAGUAGCAUGGUCGACGACCGAACGACGGCAGCAGGAGGCAAUGCGCCGACUGGUGACGUCGAGAUAGGCAACCUUGACCCCUUGGUCGCCAUGGACAUCGAUUCGACAGUCAGUGUGGACUGGAACCAGUGGGACACGUGGCUGGUCGGGGCCGGUGUCUGA